AUGGCUAUCCUGGACUACGAGUACGACUCCAACGCCUUGGCACCAGAAGUCAAGCGAGGAAUUGACUUUCUCUACGAGGCAGCAGACAGAAAGGAGGCGUGCGCUGCUUGGGCGGGUUGCUUCAGCAAGAAUGCCAAGCUCAUUAAGGGUGACUAUGGGCCUACUGGAGUUCCUGAGCUUCAGAAGUACCUCGAAGAGAGCUGGAACAACACCGACUCUCGAGUGCAUGAUGUUAAGAAGGUCUCGAUCAUGAACGAGUCACCACUUACUCUCAAAAUUGAGGGGGUCACCACGUAUCAGAGAUCCGGGGGAAAGGAGCAGCAAGGUGAGUGGACGGCAGAGCAGAGCUAUGUCGAUGAGGAUGGAUGGAAGAAGAUCUCCCAGUACAAGAUCAACUUCGUAGAGGAAUAG